GAGUAAACAUGUUGACUCUGCCAAGUCAUUUUUAUUCCUGAGACAAGAACUUCCAGUCAGGAUUGCCAACAUCAUGAAAGAGAUCAAUUUACUUCCUGAAAAGCUUUUACAAAUGCCUUCUGUUCGUAUGGUACAAGGAUGGUAUCAACAAACAUUUGAGGAAUUGCUGGAGUAUGUAGAAAAGUCAGAAGAACAUGAGACAAUUUUAUCACACUACAUCAAUCAACUCACUACAAUUAGGAACAGGCACGUCAAUGUUGUUGAGACAAUGGCACAGGGUAUACUAGAAAUGAGAGAAAGCUACAAGGUAGACCAACAUGAAGAGAAUAAUGUACAGUAUUUUUUGGAUAGAUUCUACAUCUCAAGAAUAAGUAUCAGGAUGCUCAUCAACCAACACACAUUGAUGUUUGGACAUACACCCAAGACACAUCCACUCCAUGUUGGCAGUAUAGACCCAAGUUGUGACAUUGUAGCUGUAAUCAGGGAUGCAUAUGACAGUGCCAAGUACCUUUGUGAUCAAUAUUAUCUUGCUUCACCUAAUAUUGAUGUGAGGUGGAUUGAUACUCGUGACGGCAGUGACAGUAUACGUAUGGUGUAUGUUCCUUCCCAUCUCUAUCAUAUCAUGUUUGAAUUGUUAAAGAAUGCAAUGCGUGCAGUGAUGGAGCACAAAGGACCUUCUGCCUCUGAAUACCCUCCUAUAGGAAUCCUGGUUACGAAAGGAAAGGAAGAUGUUACCAUUAAGGUAUCAGAUGAAGGUGGUGGAAUCCCCAAGAGUGAAAUUGAUCUGCUAUUUAACUACAUGUACUCUACUGCCCCUACUCCUCCAAAGCCUGGUGUUAGCACAAUACCACCUCUGGCUGGCUAUGGAUAUGGUCUUCCCCUCUCAAGACUGUAUGCCAAGUAUUUCCAUGGUGAUUUAACAUUGAGCUCAAUGGAUGGUUAUGGUACAGAUGCAGUAGUCUAUCUCAAGGUACUAUCAAGUGAGGCUGCAGAGCUUCUACCUAUCUAUAACAGUGCUGUAUCAAGAUACUACAAGACGCCUACCCCUGCAAGUGAUUGGAGUACACCAGGUUAUUUCAUAAGGAACUACACCACCAAAAGAUAUGGGAAAUAAAGGAUCUUUGAACUAAUGAAGCUCUCGUAUAGCUAUUCCAGAAGGAGAGAAUAUACCUCAUGUCACUGAAGAAAACAUUUCUGAGGAUGAAGCAUUAUGACAAGAGACAAGUUGAUGUUACCCUUCCCAAGACUGUUAUGAAAUAUGGCUGUAUAAAGUCUAUAAAAGAAUUUCCUACUGCGUAGUGGCCUUGUGGAAAUAGUGUGUGUGAUUGAUCAAGCUGAAUUAGAAUGCACCUAACAUGCUGUUGUUACAUUAGCUAUUGCAUGUAAUAUCAAAGUCAUUUAAUGCAUUCUAUUUUUUCUUCUUUUUGUUGGCACUUCUUUCUAUCUAUAUUAAGCAUUGUACAAUCUGAUAUAUUAUAUUUACAAUGAAAUAUUUGCCUGAACUCAUGCAUUAUGAUGAUUGCAUGAUGUUUCAUUUUGUUUCUUAUAAAUCAUUCUUUGUUCUUUCCUACAUUUUAAGUGGUUUCAAACCAUCAACCAAUUGAAGAGGAGUAUGUUCUAUCACGAUAUCAAUAUAUCAUUUUUGUUUUUAGAAUAAAUUGGUUUGACCUUAGUCAAAAUUUUGAAAGACCUCAUAAAGCUCACCAAUUCUGAAAUGUGAUAAAAUGUAUAUAAAAGUGAUUUUAAAAAGUGUUCCUCAAGCCAGCCGAUUCACAUGAUGCACUCCUACACUAUAUAUGGAGACAUCAAUUAUGGAACUUUGUAAAUAGCUUUCAUAUAUUUUUUUAUAAAAUUGUAUAUAAGUUAUGUAAUUUAUAUUCAUAAUGUGAUAUGAUUAUCAAUGAUUUAAAGGUCAUUUCUCAAUGUUAUUGCUGUACAUCAGACAUGGUACUAUUCAUGUUUCUAUGCUAUAACUUUAUGAUAGCCAUCAUGGCUAGUUGCUGUUUGAAUAUCUUGACUUGUUUUAAUCAGUACAUGAGGCUUUUUUGUAAUGUAGUCCUGCAUGUUGAGAACCAGAAUGAUGUAACUGACAUCUAUUGUGAUCAGUGUAGAUCAGUAAUGCUGCAAGGGGUAAUUGUUAUGAACUAUAUACAUUCAUUUAUGAGUAAUGUAAAGUAGCAAUGGCAGUCUAUUCUUCUGCUGUGAUUUUUUUUUUUAUUAUCAUAAUUGAUAAUUUCUUUGGUCUUACUUCAAUCAGUCACUGGAUCUAAUAUUUCACGAAUUCACUAAUUGUCCAUCCUAAUGAUAAGUUGUUGAAAGGGUAAAUUAAAUUCUGACAAGUAGGUUUUGAUAUAAGCAGAAGCAGGGAAAAACAACAACAAAGAAACAGUGAUGCCAGGGUAGAUUUCUUUCCCGUCAAGUAUUUUGACCCUCGGCCUUGAUCAAUUUCUUUUUUAGGUAUCCCUUUUGUGAGUUGUUCCAAUAAACAAUUGAUUAUGUACCAUCAAUUUCCAGAGUUUUAAACUACUAUUUUUUUAAAGAAUUGUUUAAGCCCUUUUUCCCAAAUGCAGAAGUUGAACAUAUAGUGUAAAAGCAUUCAUUGUCCAUACACAAUUUUUUUUAUUACAGGCUUUUUUUAUAUAUAAACUGAUACCAUUUCUUGUGUUAGUUUUAUCAGUACAUACCUGCAAAUCCCAAGACGGUCUUAAAAAAAAAACCCACAACAACCAAAAACAAUGGUAAACCAGCUUUCUGUAGCUCAAAGAUUACAGAUUGAUCACAGGGAUGAAUUUUUGUAUGUUGAUCGCAUUGAUCAUCAUGAAUGAACAAUCAAUCACACAAAUAAAGUGUUCACAUAGGUAUGUGUUAACAGCUUACAUUUGGUUACUAAGGACCAUACCAUGAUGGUGUGCGAUUUAUGAUAGAUGUAUUCAUCUAUUACAUUUAAAUCGCUAUAGUAAUAGGAUAAAUUAAUAGUAUUGCCAACAUUUGUAUUACCAUAUUCCAGUGAACUAGCCCAGCAACAGUUCCCAGUAAUUAGUGAAUAUUUGUUCAUUCCUAAAAGAUGGUAGUUGUCAAUAAAAAUAGAGUGAGAUUGGGGAAAAUGCAUUUGAUAUUGCAAAGCACAAUGUGUGGUUAAAUAAACCAGUCUUAUUGUCUUUGAGAAGUAUUGCAAUUCAGAAGCUUGCUAGUCUUCCAGAGUAGGAAUGGGAUUGAAUGCUAGAAAGAAACAGAAUCUUCCAUUGUAGUAUUACUCAAUUGUUGAAAUUCAAGUUUAUGUUGAAUUUUAUCAAAAUUUACCAAAAAGAUUGGUAAUAAUACCUAACACAAAAUCAUUACGAUGUGAAUUAUCUGGAGAAUAUGAUUUUCAAAUUUUUCACUGUAUUAGUUUUUUUUUUUCCGAAUUACUAGUAUACCUUGGUUAUUGUUGUUACACAUACAUGUAUGGUUUGACUUCAAGAUUACUUUACCCAAGUGUUCAAGAAUGGUAUUUAAAAAAACAACUAGGUGACUCAGUGACUGAUGGCUUUGGGUGCUCUCUGAAGGACUUGGAUGAGGAUAAUGUUAUUUUACUGAAUUGCUUUUACUUCACAUCUUGAUGUGAAUAUCAAGCAUGUGCCCUCUCCUUCCUAAGCUUUAUUGAGUUUUGAUGACGCGAAAGAUCAUUAAUUGUUAUAAGUUGAAUUAACUGAAAUGUAUAACACAGGUUUUGUGAAAUUUACCAGCUAAAAUUUGAUAUUUGGGGUUAAAAUUUGAGGUCCCUUUGAGAGCAUGGGAUUGGGGGUGAAUUUAGUAUACAAUCUAUGUAUUUUUUAAUGUAGUUUUCUAAUGUACAAUUACUAAAUUUGUGUGAUGAUUGAUGGAAGGGCAUUUAUGAAUUUUUUUUGUUCAUUAACAGAAAAAUCUCAUAUUUUCUUAGAAGAUUAGGCAAUCAAAAAAUGGCAAUGGUCACUACACUUUAAAUUUAAGAAUUACAGCUCAAUAUAGUUCAUAAUAUUGAUCUGUUACCAAAAGCUUUAGACAGGCUUUUAGCAAAAAAAAUUAUUUUAUUGAUAAUGAAAUUGCCCCUCCUUCAAUGCGGUAACCUUUAUCUUUGUUUAUUGUAAACAUAUUCAGAAUUGUCCUGUCCCCCCCCCCCCCCCAUUGAAGUGAUAAUAUUUUUAUUCAUUUGUGAAAGAAUUUUUGUUAAAAAGUGUACCUAAUAAGCAGUUAGUGUACUCCCUCAUGAAAUUGUGGAUUUAAUCCGAGGAUGAGUCCACUGCUCAAUGACAUAUAGUACCUCUUCAAAGAAAGUUGAAGGUAAUUUGAAAAUAAAAUUUGACUUCUUGCCUGUAAAAUAAAUCUGUAACACAAACCUUGCUCCGGUGUUUCAGAUGUAUGAAAGGAAAUAUUGCCAUGUAUGAGAAGUUAAAAGUAGGCUCAUAAGAUUACAAUCUAAUAAUUUUCAAAUUUUAUAUUGUUUAUUGUAUGGUAGGCUACAAUUGAAAUAAUGUUUGGAAAUCUCCAUUUAGAAACUAGUAUUAAAGUUUGAGUUUGAUACAAGAAUCAGUUAAUCUGUCUACUUCAAGUUUAAAACUAUAAAUUGCUAUUCCUUUUUUUUUUCACACAGUUUCUUUUAUCUCUGUUUUGCAUUUGCUUGAAAACUUCUUUUAAUUUCCCAAGAAUACAUAAUAUCUGAGCCCUUUACCUCAACACAAAAUACAGAUCCAAGAUAUAUUAUCCAUUACAUGUUUUUUUCUUCUCAAGAAUUCAGCAUGAUAUUACAGAUUUAUGAUACUUUUUGAUGGUACAACAGAUAUAUUCAUAUUUGAUGCGGUGAAAUGGUUAUAGAUAUGUAACCAAAAUUUAUAUAAACAUAGAAUCCUGUAUCAAAUUUAUCUUCUUCACCUGUGGUUCAGCUAGUACAAAAUCUAGGUGUGGUUCUGUAAACUUCAGACUAAUGGUUUUUUUUAAUGAAGAAUAUGUUACCAAUGUGCUUUGGUGAAAUACUCAACUCUAUUUGUUAAUGGUAUAAAUUACUUGAGAUAGUGAAGAUCUGUGAAUAAAGCUGCAAUAAUACAUUCAAAAUCAAA